AUGCUCCGGAUCUCGAUUGCCAGCGUCCGCAGCGGCCAGCAGGCCAUGCUGAUCUCGCGUGCCAUGUCCACCGCCGCCACCACCACCACCACCACCACUACCACCAAGGAUAGCAUCAAGUCUGGCAAGGCCCCGGCCAUCGACAUCAAGCCGCUGCCCGGCAUGGACCGUCAUGGCCGGCCGAAUGUGGUCCUUGUCGACGCCGUUCGCACCCCCUUCCAGACCUCGGGCUCUGGCUACCGCGAUCUCAUGUCCUACGACCUUCUGCGCUCGGCUUUCCACUCGCUGAUCCAGCGCACCGAGAUCGACCCGCACAUCCUCGAUGCCGUCAUCGCCGGCACCGUCAUCCAGGAGGUCCGCACGUCGAACAUCGCCCGUGAGGCGGCCCUCGGUGCUGGCAUCCCCAAGAACAUCCCGGCCCACACCGUGUCCCUGGCUUGCAUCUCUUCCAACGUGGCCCUCUCGCAGGCCGCGGAUCAGAUCCGCGCCGGCCAGGCCCAGGCGGUCCUCUGCGGCGGUGUGGAGACCAUGUCCGAUGUGCCGAUCCGCUUCUCCAAGCCCCUGCGCUCGCGCAUGCUGGCCUUCACCUUCCGCACCCCGAAGACCCUGUCCGGCAAGCUGGAGAUGGCGGCCAAGCUGCUGAAGGGCCUGAAGCUGAGCGAUCUGGCCCCCGAGGCGCCGGCCAUCGCGGAGUUCUCCACCGGCGAGGUGAUGGGCCACUCGGCCGAUCGGCUGGCCAGCCGGUUUGGCGUGUCGCGCCAUGAGCAGGACGAGUACAGCAUGCGCUCGCACCUGAGUGCCGCCAAGGCCCAGGAGGCUGGCUACCUGACCGACAUCGCCCCGGUCAUGACUCCCACCCUGGUGGAGAAGGACAAUGGCAUCCGCCCGGACACCAGCAUGCAGCGCCUGUCGCGCGUGCGCCCGGCCUUCGUCAAGCCCCACGGCACUGUCACCGCCGGCAAUGCCUCCUUCCUGACUGACGGCGCCAGCUCGGCCCUCAUCAUGUCCGAGGCUCGUGCCCUCGAGCUCGGCCUCACGCCCAAGGCCUACAUUCGUGACCACCUGUUUGCGUCGUGCGACCCGAAGGAGGAGCUCCUCCUCGGCCCGGCCUAUGCCAUUGCCAAGCUCCUCCCCAAGGCCGGCCUUACCCUGCAGGACAUCGAUGUGUUCGAGCUGCACGAGGCCUUCGCCGGCCAGGUGCUGGCCAACCUGAACGCCCUCAAGUCCGAGGAGUGGUGCAAGGAGAACACCCAGUUCGGCGGCGCCGUCGGCCAGAUCCCGAUGGAUCGCCUGAACAACUGGGGCGGGUCCCUGUCCAUCGGUCACCCCUUCGGCGCCACCGGCAUUCGCCUGCUGGCCACCUCGGCCAACCGUCUGCACGCCGAGAACGGCCGGCUAGGCCUGCUGGCCGCCUGCGCUGCCGGUGGUCAGGCCACCGCCAUGAUCGUCGAGCGCUACCCCUCCAACUAGAUCUCCCCUCCCCCGCCUCUCCUGUCCCGUGCGGCGUAGCCUGGCACCACUGGCCAGAGGGGGUGCCGGCGCGCCCGGAGCCGUGGUGCCGUGCCCGUUUCCCACCAUGCACUUCUGUUCACGAGUCCUUGCCCCCCGUGUGCGGCACCACCCACUGUGCUCCCCCUCGGAUCGCUGCGUGUGUGUGUGUGUGUGUGUUGUGUCCCCCCCGCCCUCGCACUCUGCUGCGUCACUCUCCCCCACACAAGGAGCCGGAGAAAGGCCUGGGCAGGCUGCAUGCUGUUCCAAUAGAGCCAACUGCCAACGCA